AUGUCAAACCGGCUUCCACGCGAUCUUUGGACUGAAAUCCUGGUAAGCCUACCCGUGAAAUCUCUUUUACGAUUCCAAUGUGUUUGUAAAUCAUGGAAAUCCUUGAUCUCUACUCCUACGUUUAUUUCCAUGCACACCCAACACAGUGAGAGCACCGGCAAUUACGCUCACAUAUUAUGUUGGCAGCUUAGAUUCAAAGACAGAGCGACGCCAUACCGAUUACUCCAUAUCGAUCGUUCAUUCAAUGAGUUUCAAGAACUUGAAUAUCCAUGCCAAAUGAGACGUCAUGGAGUCAUCCAUGAUUGCAAGGGAUUAAUACUUUUUACGACUGUCAUCAGAGAUGGGCAGGAUGACAAUCGUUUCGAUCUCCUAACUCUAUGGAACCCUGCAAUUAGAAUGUCUAUGACUCUUCCUCGACCUCGCAUUGAUGUGCCGAAGGGCAAACACUGUAUUCACGGGUUCGGCUUUGAUCAUACAAGUAAUGAUUACAAGGUGCUGAGAAUGGUCCAAGAUAGUUACAGGUUGUUUCCAGUACUUCAGGUGGAAAUUUAUAGACUCCACACAGGUGCUUGGGAGACUUUUCCGGGUGCUGACGAUUUUCUGUAUCGUAUAGCUCCAACUUGGCAGGCUUUCGUGAAUGGGGCAAGUCAUUGGUUUGGAUAUCUUAAAAGAAAGCAUAUGUUAUCCGACGUCUCUUCUAAACCAGUUGUUGUGUUGUUUGAUAUGUGUGAUGAGCAACUUCGAGUGAUGAAGCUUCCAGAUAAUUUUAAAGGCUGGGUUAAGAAUCUUCUUGGUGUUUCUGGUGGAUUGCUUUCUUUAAUGGAGUAUAACGACAGACGACAAGAUGUUAAUUUGAGCUGCAGCAUUUGGUUGAUGAAAGAAUAUGGCGUGGCAGAGUCGUGGACUAAACAGUUUACAAUUGAUUUAAAGGGAUGGCGCUUUGGGGAGAUCUUCUGUUUUAGGAACAACGAAAAGAUUUUGGCUUGGAAUCGAGAAAAUGGAAGAGAGUCGGUCUUAUAUGAUCCCAAGACACAUAGAUUCAUUAAUAUAGGAGGAGGCCUAGGAAUUAAAGCCAAGGAUUAUCUUCUUAGCAAGAGUACUUUGGUCGAAAGUCUUGUUUUACUCGAUAAAGAAAAUUCUAAGCAGAUGUGCCAGACUUGUUUAAGAAAGUGCCAGUUGUGCGACUCAAAUAAAGAAAAGAAGAUGAAGAUAUGCACGCGCGAGAGAAGGCUAAGCAAAGCACAAGAGAAUAGCUAA